AUUAUUCUCCUUAACUUAGAUCUUUUAACACCAAAUCAAGCCAAAUCACUAGCUGUCUCCAAACCAACUUCUGAAACUAUAUUAUCCACCUCAACUGAUCUAAUUGAAACCCCGGACAUGCAAAUGAGUACAUAUAAUGUUAAUUUAAAUGAAACAAAUCCAUGUAACUUUUAUGGCGGUCGGUUACCCCAAAAUGUACUUUUUUCAACAUUGUAUCCAAAAAUGAUACCUGGUGGGUUCCAUAACCUAAGUGGUCGCCAGGUACCAAAGGAAGU